AUCAUCUCUGCACCGCUAACUGCCCGUCCCUCCGGUCUCCUCAGCGCUGCCGAUGGAAAGCCCGCAAGAUCUGGAUCCGCGGAGGCACGCAGGCGAUCGCGACGCCCUGGAGACGAACGCCGUCGGUUCCAUUGGGGAGAUGGUCGUCGCCCCGGCGGGGAGCGGCGCCACCGCCAACGUCGUCGCCUCGGAGGGCGUCGUCUCGGGGACGAACGGCGUCGCGUCGGAGGGGAUCGACGGCGGCGCCUCGGCAGGCGUCGUCCCGGGGACGAACGUCGUCGCCUCGGAGGGGAGCGGCGCCGGCGCUAAGGUUGGAGGGAGGCGACGCCGGAGGGGAGCGGCGUCGAACUCCCUCAGCGCCAAGGCGACCGUCCCCGUCGACAAGUGGCGCUGCCACCAGUGCCGUCAGAGAAAAAUAGGGGUCGCGACAGAUUGCAAAAGGUGCACUCAGAGAUACUGCGAGAGUUGCAUGCGUAACAGGUAUCCUUUGAUUGCGGAUGAGGUGUUGAAGAAGGGGGCCUGGGAAUGCGCCAAAUGCAGGAAGGAGUGCAACUGCAGCGUGUGCCAAAAGAAGAGAGGGGACGAGCCGACGGGGCGAAUGGUCCAUGCCACCAACAGGCCGAAGGUCAACCUGGUGCAAACUAAGAGCAUCAGUACACUCAAGGAUGAAAUAGUUGUACCCAGGGGUACUCCCGUGACUUGCAUUGCAGGUAUAAAGCUGCAGUCUGAAGAUGUUGGCGCUGCUAUUCAAUUUCUGGAGUUCUGCCGCUCCUUUGGCAAGAUCUGCAAAAUAGGGAAGGGGCUACCAGAAGAAAUUCUCACAGACUUAACUCAACUCGAAGAGGUGUCUUCAGUUGUUGCUAACGUUCACAUAAAUCUUCUGUCUAUCAUAGAAAAUGGCAAAGAUAACCCUUUUGAUAAGUAUCCAAGUCAUGGAGAUGAAUGGAUAAGAAAAGUAGGCGAGUACAUCAAUUUGACAUUACAUGCAGAAGAUUUCACACUUCGUUGUUUAAAUCAAGGGGUAUCAGGCUAUAAAAUUUUGAACCCUUCUUGUAAGCUGGAGGUUCUGAAUUGUCUGUGUAAUGAGGCAUUGUCUUCUAAAAAGUUGAGGACCUACAUUGACAUUGAAGAUAAAAAAUGUAUGGCCAGACAAAAAAUCAAAGCUGCAACCAGAAAGCAAAAGGAGCUGAAAAGAAGACAUGAUGACAUGACUAAAACAAUCAAAGGAGGAGAUAUUGCUAACAAUGAGGAAGCUAAUGAUAUUCUUUCUCAAAUAAAGGAAGCAGAAGAAAUCAAGAAGGCAGCCCGGAAUGAAUCAGAGGAGCUGGAACGUGUUCAUAGGACAGCUCCUGUUAUGGUAGACAAUGGAGUAAAAUACUGGAAGCUGGGUGGCUAUUGUAAUAACAAUACAAACAUAAUGCGUCAAGAAUUCGUUGACGAAAAUAGAACCAAGAACAAAGACAUAUGGUUCAUGUUCACUGAAGACGAACAUAAAAUAGUUGAAGAUCAUGUAACUACAAGGUGAAUGGACUACCCACCCUAGCCGAGACGUGGGUGCAAUGGCAGUUUUUUUAUACAUGGAAGUUCUAUACAGUUACGAACAACCAACAGUUCUCGAAGAUUCAGUCACAGCAUUUGAAUACAAACCUUGUGGCAUGUUUGUCCUUUUCCAUAUGAAAACUCAGCAUGACUUUGUAGCACCUUCUAAAGUUUGUUUCCUGGAUGUUUGGAAAUUGAGGGAAAUUUAUCAUUAGCAUUUG